UUUUUUGUUCAUUUCUCUCAAGUCCAAAUCUUCCCCUUUCUUUCUUCUUCUUCCGAAUCUCUUACGUAAAAUCGUUGACUUACACAUUAUCUUUGGACCAUUUGUUUUUCGUCCUAUAAUACCAAUGGCUAACCAAACCAAAACCACUCCCAUAAUUCUCUUAAAACAUCAUGAAUAACACCACCUUCUCCGAUCCAAAUUCCGACACCGGAGGUUUUCUCGGAUCGGGAAAUAUCGGAGGAUUCGGCUACGGAAUUGGUGUUUCAGUAGGUGUUCUUCUUUUAAUUACAACAAUAACCCUUACUUCAUAUUUUUGUACUCGAAAUCAAACAUCAGAGUUACCACCAAGAAGACAAAGAACAAUCAAUCAAAACGAGCUUUCUGAACAUUGUGUGGUGGAAAUAGGGCUCGAUGAAAAAACACUUUUGAGUUAUCCUAAGUUGUUGUACUCUGAAGCUAAGGUCAAUCAUAAGGACUCAACAGCUAGUUGUUGUUCAAUAUGUUUAGCAGAUUAUAAGAAGAAGGACAUGCUUCGAUUGUUACCAGAUUGUGGACAUUUGUUUCACUUGAAAUGUGUGGAUCCUUGGCUCAUGUUGAAUCCAAGUUGUCCAGUUUGUAGAACAUCUCCAUUGCCAACACCACAAUCUACUCCUUUGGCUGAGGUUGUUCCUUUGGCAACUAGACCUUUGGGAUGAACAUCAUUAAUUUCUUCAUCUUGCCUUUUUUUUUUUAAAUAAAUUUUUUAAUUGUCCUCUGUAAACUGUAACUUAAUAGUUCUUCUUCUACUUCAUUCUUUUUUCUUUCUAUUGACCCCAUUUUCUCAAAAUUUCAUACGGUUGUAAUAUAUUAGUCCUUGAAAGGGAAACAUUCAGUCAAUUUUCUUGAA